AUGGAGAGAGAAAGGGGCAUCACAAUCCAGUCUGCUGCCAUCUCGUUCAACUGGCCUCGGGCUGAAGACUGCGGUCCAGGCCAUCACGCUAAAACUAUCAAUUUGAUAGACACACCUGGACAUCAGGAUUUUCAAUUUGAGGUUCUUCGGUGCAUGCCUGUGCUUGAUGGCGCCGUAUGCGUCAUGGACUCGGUCAAAGGCGUCGAAGCUCAUACUGAACGAGUCUGGGCCGCAGCGCAUCAGUACCAGAUCCCAAGGCUCAUCUUUGUCAACAAGCUCGACCGGGAUGGCGCUUCCUUCAAAAAAUCGGUUUUGGAUAUUGCCUCAAAGCUGAAAGCUUGGCCCUUGGUCUGUCAGAUUCCAUGGUGGGUCGGUGACGAUUUUGUCGGCGUAAUCGAUGUCAUCAAGCGCGUGGGUUAUAAAUGGUCGGCCGGGGGAUCGAAGAAGUUUUAUAACCGCGAUGCCCUUCGAAGUGCACUAGGGUCGGAAAACCCAUCUCUUAACAAAGAGGUUGAACUUGCGCGGGAACAGCUCAUCGAGAGACUGUGUGAAGUUGAUGAUGAUCUUACGAUGGUGUUCGCCGAGCACGGAGCCGACCUUUCUAAUGAGGCUGUCAAGCUAAGCAUCCGCCGUGCUAUUAGUAAUGGCAAUGGCAGCGUUGUGCCGGUAUUUGCUGGGGCCAGUUUGAGGAAUAUCGGGGUCGAACCUCUGCUGGAUGCUGUCGUCGACUAUCUACCCAACCCUCAUGAACGACCCCCUAUAGAGGUCACAACUGCGCAGGGGACACGCAGAUUAGAGGAGCUGAUCGCAAAGGAGACGACAAGGUUGAAACAGAAAGGUGCCAACGUUGCUGUAGCUUCCGUUUUUAAGGUUGUCAGCGAUGUUCACCGAGGAAUGUUGAGUUUUGUUCGUGUGUAUCACGGCGUACUCCAGCGCAAUGCUGCUAUGUGGAAUUCAAGCCAGCGUAUUGCUGAGAAGCCACUAGCAAUGAUGCAAAUUCUGGCAGACAAGCACAACGAUAUUCCGCAUCUCAAGGUCGGGGCCAUUGGUGCCCUUGCAGGCCUAAAAAAGGCCCGCACCGGAGAUACCAUCAUCAUCUCCCCUGAGAAGGCGACUGAGACUCUUAUUAAGAGCAUGCAGAUCCGGCCCGCAACGAUUCCUCCAGCUGUCACCUUUAUCUCAAUUGAGCCAUUCUCUGCUACAAACGAGGAAACGCUGAAGAACGCACUGACAGAUGCGUCAAGAGAGGACCCCAGUCUUCGAUGGACCAAAGACGAAAAGGCUGGCAUAUAUAUCCUUUCCGGAAUGGGUCUAUUGCACCUAGAGGUUGCGAUUGAUAACCUGAAGAAGUCCAAAGUCGAUGCUCUGUUUGGCACUAUACAAGUGGAUUACAAAGAGUGUAUCACAUCGCAAUCACGGCCGGAGCAAUAUACCAUUGAUCGUGCCGUGGCAGGAAAGACAGGAAAGGCAGCCUGUACGGCUUUUGUUGAGCCCGUCGACACGGAACAACGGACAGAAUCGUGGCGUGACCGCGCCACUCGCCUCGGCUUCACUGACCUCGAGACCGAGGAUGAGUUUCACCACUCGAGCUACGAGCGAGAUGGCAAUAUCAUUAAUAUCAACAUCAUACGACCGGUUCAUGAUCCAAAGUUGUUUGAUGUUGACACCGUCUGUCACAAUCUCCAAAAUGGAGCCGUCGCAGCUUUGUACAGAGGUCCGAGGAAAGGCUACCCUCUACACGGCUGCAGUAUCGAAAUAGUGGUGGACUGCGCCCAAGACUUCUUUGGCGGAGCCUCCCCUGCUCAUUACCAACAAGCGAGUUCUCACGCCGUCCGCAACGCGUUCAAGAACGCCCACGACAUGCAGAAGAUAGGACUGCUGGAGCCAGUGAUGAAGGUUGAAAUCGUCUGCCCUGAAGCGGCGGCGGCGCAAGUGAGGCACGACCUGUCCUCGAGGCACGGAGGGCAAGUCAUGGAGACAGAAGACCUGAAUGAAGCGGCUUCGGGUGAAGGGGAAAUCGAUCUUGAGCAGGUCUACGCGCCACCAGACCCGUAUGAAUCUGUCUCCACUUUGCGUGCGCACAAGAAGGGGGCAACGAGGAUGCUCAAGCUGAAGGCAAGAGUGCCACUCAGAGAUAUGUUGAACUAUGAUCAGCAUCUGAGGAGCCUAACGGAGGGUCGGCACAGCAUCCAAAUGGAGCUGGAUAAGUUUGAGAGGGUCACUGCAAACAGAGAGAAACUCCUAUAG